AGUCAGUCAGAGUUAUCCGACUUGACUAGCAUCACAUGACAAGACGCCUUCGACAUGGCUGGAGGAAUGGAAGGAGCGCAGAAACUCCCCAAGAUCCGCGAUGCGGAGAAGGAGUCCAUGUUUGGCUAUGUGUACACUGUAUCUGGUCCUGUGGUGGUGGCCCAGGAGAUGGCCGGUGCAGCCAUGUACGAACUGGUUCGUGUAGGACAUGGUGAGCUGGUAGGGGAGAUCAUCCGUCUUGAGGGUGACAUGGCCACCAUCCAGGUAUACGAGGAAACCUCCGGUGUGACUGUUGGUGACCCUGUGUUACGUACAGGCAAACCCUUGUCUGUCCAGCUUGGUCCUGGUAUUAUGGGUUCUAUCUUUGAUGGUAUCCAGCGUCCCUUGGAGACAAUUAGUGACCUGACCCAGAGUAUCUACAUCCCUAAAGGUAUCAACACGCCUGCUCUGGAUGCCCACAAACAAUGGGAAUUUGCUCCUGUCAAAGACAUCAGGAUUGGCAGUCACGUCACUGGAGGGGAUAUCUUCGGCAUGGUUAACGAAAACAUCCUUGUAAAGCAUCGCAUCAUGCUGCCACCCAAGGCCAAGGGCACAGUGACCUACGUCGCCCCACCUGGCAACUACACAGUCAAUGAUAUUGUGCUGGAGACAGAGUUUGAAGGACAGAGAUCAAAGUUCAGCAUGUUGCAAGUGUGGCCUGUGCGACAGAUGAGACCUGUUGGUGAAAAACUUGCUGCAAACUACCCUCUGCUGACAGGACAGCGAGUUCUUGAUGCUCUGUUUCCUUGUGUACAAGGUGGGACUACAGCCAUUCCUGGGGCUUUUGGCUGUGGAAAAACUGUGAUCUCUCAGUCCCUGUCAAAAUACUCAAAUAGUGACAUCAUCAUCUAUGUGGGUUGUGGAGAACGUGGAAAUGAGAUGUCUGAAGUAUUGAGAGACUUCCCUGAGCUGACCAUGGAUGUUGAGGGAAAACAAGAGAGCAUCAUGAAGCGAACAGCAUUGGUGGCUAACACAUCUAACAUGCCUGUCGCCGCUCGAGAAGCAUCCAUCUACACAGGUAUCACACUGUCAGAAUAUUUCCGUGACAUGGGUCUUCAUGUAUCUAUGAUGGCUGACUCCACCUCCCGAUGGGCUGAGGCACUGAGAGAAAUCUCUGGCCGUUUGGCUGAGAUGCCUGCUGAUUCUGGCUACCCAGCCUACCUUGGAGCACGUCUUGCUACAUUCUAUGAGCGAGCUGGUCGUGUUACAUGCUUGGGCAAUCCACACAGAGAAGGCUCUGUCAGUAUAGUAGGAGCCGUGUCUCCACCUGGUGGUGACUUCUCUGACCCUGUUACCUCUGCCACCCUGAAUAUUGUGCAAGUGUUCUGGGGGUUGGACAAGAAACUGGCCCAACGCAAACAUUUCCCAUCUGUCAACUGGCUCAUCUCCUACUCAAAAUAUAUGCGAGCCCUGGACGACUUCUAUGACAAAAACUAUCCAGAAUUUGUUCCUCUUAGAACCAAGUGCAAGGAGAUUCUGCAGGAAGAAGAGGAUCUGUCAGAAAUUGUACAGCUGGUCGGAAAGGGUUCUCUAGCAGAGGCAGAUAAAAUCACCUUGGAGGUGGCCAAAUUAAUCAAAGAUGAUUACCUGCAGCAAAAUGGCUACACCCCAUAUGACAGGUUCUGUCCGUUCUAUAAGACUUCAGGAAUGAUGCGCAACAUCAUUGCAUUUUAUGACCUUGCUCGCCAUGCAGUGGAGAGCACAGCCCAAAGUGAGAACAAGAUCACCUGGGCCAUCAUCCGUGACCAGCUUGGUGACCAGCUGUACAAGCUGUCAAGCAUGAAGUUCAAGGACCCAGUCAAGGAUGGUGAAGCCAAAAUCAGAGCAGAUUUUGAUGAACUGCUGGAAGAGAUGCAGACGAAAUUCAGAAACCUGGAGGAUUAAAAACUUUGAGUAACACUUUCCAUGCUAACAAGGACUUGCCCAUAACUAAACUAAAUCCAGACCUACUAGUCUCAGUGUGGUCGUGUACCCUGGAUUUGUCAGAUCCUGUUCUAAAACCAAAAUAUUUAAGUAGGAGACUUUCUUUGUGCUCUGAAUUGUUUGAUGUAUAGAAGUUAUGAGUGUCUCAUGCAGGUUUGAAUGAUGUCAUUAGUAUCAUCUUAUCAAAGGAAAGAUUAAAUGUCUGGUAGACAUUUUUUCUACUUGUCCUUUUUAACCUGUGAUCUAGGUGUGGCCACCACAAAUAGCCUUGAAUUAAUGAUUGUUUUACUAGGGUCUAUGACAAAAUGCUACGUUUGGUUUAUUUGAAUGGGUAUCAUUUAAGGAAAAAAGUAAAAAUUAUCUAGUUCCCUAGCAUACACUUGCUGAGUAAAACAAAAUGCUCAACAUUUUAUUCACUAUUAUUUUGUAAAAUGCUUUAAGAAAUCUUCGGAGUGCUGUACAAUGUUGAACGUCAUUAAGGAUAAUCAAAUGUUCAAACAUAUCUGUUAUUGCAUAUUACUGCCACAUCCAAACUUGCAACAUUCCAAAAAAUUAAACCAGUUUCAUCUCGUUGACCUAUCUGCCAACCUACCCACCCCAAUCUCAUUUCUUUCCUAUAAAUUUUUAGACCUACCCCCACAUGUUUUUUUUUUUAAUGUCAUUUCAUGAUUUAAAGCAGCAUCAUGGGAGAUAAAGAUGGCUUUCUUCAAGGUGCAGAAUUUUUUUUUUAGAAAACAGAUGUCGCAGAGAAAGGAUGCUAUUUUGUAGCUGUAUCUUACCUGUGAGAAUGCGUACCAUAAUAUGAACUGAUUGUAUUAUAUUUGUGUGUGAGUGAUAUGAUAAUCCAGUUCAAUUUUUUUUUCAAUAUAAAGAGUCAGUACCACCUGUACGACCAACUCACAAUAUGGCUGUGACAGUUGUAUAAAAUUUUCACUCAGAAAAGCGUUUAAAGAUUUUUCUCCGUGCUUUUUGUCAGCUUAUAUUUUUCUUGUAUCUUGUGUGUCUGAGCAGCCAAAGCUUAACUUAUGUAUGCAUCUUUGCAUUCACCAUCUUUGAAGUUUUGUGCUAUUAGUCUUAAAGUAAUGUGAUAAAAUUUACAAAUGUAGAUUUUUGUUCAUAUGAUGAACCAAUAACCACCAAAUAGUUCGAUAAAUUCUUUUUGAAACUAAACGCAGAGCAGAUUCUUCAGUUUUCUGUGUCCUGUGAGAUUGCUGUCCCUUCAUUUGAACAUAGAUCACAAGGCAGAUGAUUGUGUAAUGUUUUAUUGAUUUAGAAAAAGGGCAUAUUAACUGAUUCACACACAAAAUUUAUGCAUUAUAUACAUAAGUAUGUGUGUGUGAGAGAAAGAGGGAGAGAGCAAAAGAGGGAAAGCUUAGAAGGGUUUUGUUUAAGACAUUAAAAAAUUGGUCCAGGACAAAACUUCAGUUGGGAUGUUCAGGGUAACAAAAUAUACAAAAACUGUGUCCCUUCUUGCUCUCUUUUCGAGUUUGUAUUUGACAGAAAUGUGACAAACGUAAACGAACAACAAAUUACAACACUUAAUUCUUUUCAUUGUUGUCUUUGCACAAUGAAAUUGUUCUCCUUAAAUGCUUUGAUGACUUUCCUGUGACACCAGCUAAAAUGGCAUCAAGAUCAAAAAGCCUGUUAGGUAAUCUGCAUUUUUAUGUUGAAGCAGUUCUGCAUUGAUAUUUUAUUAGUGACAUGUCAUGUAGGCAUUUGUUUAUGCUCAUUUGAUGUUUGUACAAGAAUGUUGUCUCUCUUUAACCAUACAGGAAUACCUUUUUGGCAAGAAUGACUGCUGUACGGUUUAUAGUAGACAGGAUUUGUGCAUGUUGUAAAAAAACUAGUUUGAUAGUUUAUGAUUUAUGGGCAAUGAUAUCAAUGUAAACAGAAAGGAUAUUAGAUUAGACAUCAUAUGUAUGUGUAUAUAUAAUGAACAGGUGAUGUCUUUGGGAUGGUGUACAGAAUAAAAGGAGUGAUGAAAA